AUGUGGUUGCGGUUGGCUGUCGCGCAGCUCCUGCUGCUGCUUCUCCAAGGGGAAAGGUCUGGGCACGCAUCUCGGGGCGUUCGGCCGGCUCACCGUGCUCAUCGCUUAUACACCCCGGACUGGGAUAGUCUGGACUCGCGGCCACUGCCGGCUUGGUACGAUGAGGCCAAGUUCGGGGUGUUCAUACACUGGGGCGUGUUCUCGGUGCCGGCCUGGGGCAGCGAGUGGUUCUGGUGGCACUGGAAGGGCGAGCCGAAGGCCCAGUACGAGGUCUUCAUGAAGGAGAACUACCCUCCGGGUUUCACCUACGCCGACUUCGGGCCGCAGUUCAGGGCCACCUUCUUCGAGCCGUCGGAGUGGGCUGAGCUCUUCAAGGCAGCGGGGGCCAGAUAUGUAGUCCUGACCACAAAGCAUCAUGAAGGCUUCACAAACUGGCCAAGUCCUGUGUCUUGGAACUGGAACUCUGAGGACGUGGGACCCCAUCGUGAUUUGGUUGGGGAACUGGGAACAGCUCUCCAGAGCAGGGACAUACGUUAUGGACUUUAUCAUUCGCUCUUAGAAUGGUUCCAUCCACUCUAUCUACUUGAUAAGAAAAAUGGUUUCAAGACACAGUAUUUUGUGAAUUCAAAAACAAUGCCAGAGCUAUAUGAUCUCGUUAAUAGGUACAAGCCUGACCUAAUUUGGUCUGAUGGAGAAUGGGAAUGUCCUGAUACUUACUGGAACUCUACAAAUUUUCUUGCCUGGCUGUACAAUGAGAGCCCUGUCAGGGAUCAGGUGGUGGUAAAUGACCGUUGGGGUCAGAACUGUUCCUGUCACCAUGGAGGGUUCUACAACUGUCAAGAUAAGUAUAAGCCACAGACCCUGCCAGAUUUCAAGUGGGAGAUGUGCACCUCCAUUGACAAGUUGUCCUGGGGCUUUCGGCGCGACAUGAAGCUGUCAGAUAUUGCAAGUGAAGAGGAAAUCAUUUCGGAACUGGUUCAGACAGUAAGUUUUGGAGGCAACUACCUUCUCAACAUUGGACCAACUAAAGAUGGAAUAAUUGUUCCCAUUUUCCAAGAAAGGCUGCUUGCUGUCGGGAAGUGGCUGAGCAUCAAUGGGGAGGCUAUCUAUGGCUCCAAGCCGUGGAGAGUGCAGUCAGAGAAGAAGAAGAAUGGGACAACUGUGUGGUAUACCUCAAAAAAUUCCAUUGUUUAUGCCAUUUUACUGCAGUGGCCACCAAAUGGAAUCUUAUCCUUGGCAUCCCCUAACGCUUCCACAACUGCAAAGAUAAAGAUGUUGGGAAUUCCAGGUCAGCUGAAAUGGUCCAGAGAUCCAAAUUGGGGCCUUCUCAUCUCUUUGCCUCCGUUCCAACCAUCCAGUUUCCCUGUCCGUUUUGCUUGGACUCUGGAGCUGAAUGGAGUACAGUGA